GAUUGGAUAUUGUGUAGGCCUAAUAGUGUCUUUCUUUGGUUGCCAAUGCUAACACAGUGUAAAAGAACAAAUUAUUUCACUAAAUUCGUCACUUAACACUAAGGUCAGUCUUUUAAACAAAAUACUUGUCUUUAAUACAAGAUUAAAAAAAAGUUGCCUUUAGUCUAAUCGUUUUGUUUUGUGGUCAUUUGUUGAUAUGAUCAUAAACGGUUCAGGGUGAUCUCGGUUGAGUUGGUCAGGCGCCGUUGGCUGAUGGGCUUUGAACAGGGUAUUUACUGUAGGCUAGGUGAUCAUGGAUGCGCUGCAGGCCGCUGCAUGUGGGGAUGUUGUGUGGCUCGGUUACAUUCUCCGACGUUCGACCUCGCUGCCUCAGCGCAACAGACAGGUCAAGUUCAUGGAGUCUCUACUAGAGGGUGGCAUUAUAGAGGUGGAUGCCCGCUGCCCCCAGGGCCGAACCCCGCUUCACCUGGUCUUCACCCCAAAGAGCGCACCGUGGACCCUGGCCUCCAUAUCAUGCCUGUUGAUGCAUGGAGCACAAGUCAAUGCGGCCACAAAGGACGGUGUGACGCCUCUGCACCAGGCAGCGGCUGAGGGUCUUCUGGAGUGUGUGCAGGCCCUCCUGGAGGCGGGGGCUGACCCACACCUGAGGGAAAUUAAUGGGCACACGCCGCUGGACAUGGCCAAGUUGUGGUGCCACCGUCAGGUUGCACGGUUCCUGAAAGAUGCCAUGUGGCAGAAGGAUAAAAAGACAGAGGUGAAGCAAAGGAAGAAGCUCCACAAGCUCAAAGAGACUCUACAGUUCUGGCACCAUCGUAACGAGUGUAAAGACAAGUUUGAUAGGCAGGAUGUGUCUGAGGAGAGGGUGGCUGCCUGGGCCAAACACAAGGGCGUCCCUGUGCAGUGGAGGCCAGAGAGGGGCUGCUGGCUCCCCCACCACACCCAGUGCACCUCUACGGAUCCUCCAGCCGCCAGACACCAGGAGCGGCACCAAGGUCAGCCUAAGGCACCUCGAGAGGCCUGGAAUGUGUCCCCAAACCCCAACAGACCUCCCAAAGCCUCCACGAGCCGACCUCAAGGGGUGGGCACCAGCACCCGCCCCGAGAGGGUGGCACCGCCACCGGACCUGCGCCGGAGCGUCACGCUGACCCAAGAGCCCAGAGGCCGCACCAUUUAUAAGACGUGCUGGGAGGACAAGCCCCGGACUGCCCCUGACCUGCCCUUGAGCACCCUGAAGAGGGAGCUCUUCCCGGCGGACUACCCCUCACGCCUAGAGUCCCCGCUGGACUUCCAGAGCCACUCGGUGCUGGACUUGCCCCGGCGCCGGUGUCCAUCACCAGAAAACGGAGCGUCCCCCUGGACUGAAAUCGCCAUGCACCUGGUGGAGGAGAUGAAACCAGGACAAUACUAGGGAAAGGACUGCUGUCUCCGAGUUACAGUUUCUGUUUAUGACAGUGGUCACUCAUGAGAGAUUUCCUGCAGAGAAUUUGACCGAAACUUAAAGGUACUAUGGAGUUUACAUUCAAAAAUGACCUGCAAAUAGCUACAGACUAUGAAGAAUCAACCAUUUUGAUCUAGUGUUAAAAAAAGAUACCGUUGCUCUGCAUUGUCCUGAUGUCCACUGAAGUUAGCAUGCUAACCAGCUAACACCAGGCUAGCUCUCUUGUCAUACCUCUGUGCCAAGUGGCGCUGUAUUAAAUGUAAUGCAACUCAAAGGAGAAAUGCUGUAUGGUUGUGUUCAAGACAACUUGAAUCCUACGGAAUUCCACAUAAUUCCUUAAGGGUUCUUUGAGAACACUAGCAGAACCUUUACACUGUGAGAUGAUGCUGGAGAAAUGUAUAAUACAUAGGGAUCUAGCUAUGCUAGAAUGUAAAAUAAAUAUGUAUGAGGAUGGGGUUUGGUGGCGUGCAAUACAUUUGACAGAAAUAACAGAUGGAGACAUAGAAAGAUGCAGACAUAGAAAUUAUGGCAGUACACAAAUGAAAAGGAGAAUCAGUACAGGUUGGCCUCCCCACAUACUAGACUCAAGACACGAAGGGUACAGUGCAGGAGCACCAGCCAAGAGAAAUCUGGAACAGACACCAAUUUCAGACAGACCUUUGAUCAUUUGUCCAAUGACACACACAAUCCAACAAAAGCAGAUGCAGGUUUAUACAAAUUGAAAUUGAGUGUCUCACACAAUUUCCAACUUCCACUGUAAUUAACGGAUCACACCUGUUUGUCGGCACUUAUAACAGACAAUUAUAUAUUGACUGCAUGUAUUCCAAUCCAAUAUAUAAAUAUUUCAUUUUUGUACAGUUAAA